CCACCUCGGUAGCUUGCAAUCAACAUAGCCGAAAGAUUCAAGCUAUUUAGACGCGUUCAGUGUAUAUUAGCUUCUGUGUUUUAGACACGCUUCUGUCUUAUUUACUUGUUAACCUAUUUAAUAUUACGUUAUUUUUUAUUAGUCAGCUAUAGUAGCUGGCUGGUUAAGUUAGCACUAGCCUAGUCGCUAAUGAUAGCUAGCUAGCUAACAUCCCCGAACAUGAGCUCCCUAAACUACUCCCCUCCUGUUAUUAAAGAAGAAGCGGAGGUCUGCUGGACGGAGAAAGAAGUUCUGGGGCUGAACAUUGUCGUGAAAGAGGAGAAGGAUGCAGUUUUUGGAGUGAAGAAGGAAGGAGAGAUUACUGUCACAUUGAAAGAUGAAGAGGUGGAAAUCAGAGAUCUGAGUAACACCACAGUGAAAAAGAAUACCCACAGACAAGGCACGGGUGGUGGGUCACCAAAGGCUGACCUUACCCCAGCAGAGGACAUGGCCUUGGAGCUAAAUAAAGGCAGGCCCGUCUUAGAGGGGAUCCCUGGGGGGAAAGAGACGAGCAUAGGUUCCUCCCAAGAUGCCACCCGCUUCAUUCAAGUGUCUGGCAGCACUGUGUUCCUGUUAGAGCCACCAGCACAAGCACCAGACGAUGCUGAUCCAGGUGAAGGCCCCAGUGCAGCAGCAACAGCACAUGAUGGAGACGAUGAUGAUGAGGAGGAGACCAUCUCUCUGGAUUCCAGAAGGCAUGAGGACCCAGAUGCUAUACAGUGGGAAAACCAGCCUGGCAACAUAAGCUCACAAGCUAUCAGAAAGUUGUAUGGCAACCACCUCCGGCGCCAAAUAGAACUGGCAGACAUAGACAUUCAGUACAAGAAGAAAAAGAUGGAAAAUCUUGCACUGGAGUCCGAAAUAAAAAAGAGGACAAUUAGGAAACUGGACCUUGAAAAAAAAAAACUUGAGAGGGAGGUGAGAUAUGCCUUCAAUGUACACUGUAUGCUAACUGUAACACAAAUGUAUUAAUCAUUAUUUGUAUUUCCUCCCCCAGCUCCAAGAAGAUGACACAGCUCAAAAUAAAAAUUAGGUAUAUUCUCGUAAAGUCAAGUGAGCCAUGACAUAUGAGCUCUUAUUGUGAGCACACAGGACGGUGGCAUCUUUCUAAGUUUUUUUUUAUUUUCCCAGCAAUCAGUACAACCAAGUCAUCGUUAUAAGGCAUCGCCCUCUUUUGCCCACCCCCCCAGCACCAGGUGUGGCCACUAGCCUAUAUGAAGGCCCAAAAUUGUGUGUUCCUUUCUGCUCUGACAAUGGCAUGCCCAUUCGUGCGAGAUGUGGUGGAUGAAGAAGCACUUGUGCUGAGGUGAGAAAGGGUCUUCAGGGACCGGUUGGACCCACUGGCCUUCCCUGACGACCAUCUAUAUGAAAGAUGCAGGUUUUCUGCAGAUGGCAUCAGGUAUCUAUGCAGACUACUGGGUCCCAGGAUUAAGCACCGCACUGCACGGAGCCAUGCACUGAGUGUGGAGCAAAUGGUUUGUGUGGCCUUGAGCUUUUUUGCUAGUGGAGCCUUCCUGUACUCAGUGGGGGAUGCAGAACAGCUGAACAAGGCCACAAUUUGCCGCACAAUAAGGAGUGUGUGUCUGGCUAUCAAAGCAUUAGCAGAUGUCUUCAUCUCCUUCCCUGGCCACAGAAGACUCUGUGACAUCAAAGAGGAGUUCUAUAGGAUUGCAGGUUUCCCCAAUGUCAUUGGUGCAGUGGACUGCACACACAUAAGGAUAAAAGCCCCCUCAGGUGCCCAUGAGGCCGAUUUUGUGAAUAGGAAAUCCUUUCACAGCAUUAAUGUUCAGAUGGUCUGCAAUGCUGACUGUGUGAUCAGCAAUGUUGUGGCAAAAUGGCCUGGCUCAGUCCAUGACUCUAGAAUCUUUCGGGCCUCUGAAAUCUAUCAGUGCCUAUCACAAGGUGAAUUCUCUGGUGUGUUGCUGGGAGACAGGGG